AUGCUUGCGCGGGGAGAGACGCCAGCAGGAGAGACUCAGCUCGCCAUGGUCUACGUGAAUGAGGACAAUGCGGUGCAAAGGAAAGCUGCUGAGCAGAGGCUCUUUCUCAAAGCCACGACUGCUGCUGAACAAGCUGCUCAAGAUGCUAGAAAGGCCAUGGAUAUCCAUAAUUUACAGUCUCCUUCAUCUUUCGGGAUUCCCGUGGAAUCGACCCAAGAGACAAGGAUGUACCCAUGGAGUAUGGAUGGAGCUCGACGACGCAUCUCCAGGGUCUACAGGGGGUUGAAUGCUUACAAGAGAUAUGAUGUUGGUGUGCCUAUGAAAGAAUCGGUUGGUAACCGCAUGAUGAGGAUUUAUCCCACGACGAGGCCUUCAGUUCAAGACAUCAUCAUCCGACAUGCCCAUGCAGAUGAGUCAGAUCUUUGCAAGACCGGGAAGCGACAAUCGCCCAUCAACAUUGAGCUCGACGUGGUCAACAAGAAGCUUCCUGUCAUUUCUUGGAGAAUUACAAAUGCUGCGGAAGCAAAGUUUCGGCGAAUGUCUGCCGGAUCGGGACCAAGCGAAAUGUUGAUUCGUGAAGGAAAUUGGAAGAUGAACUACAUCUUGGAGGGGCACGUGUAUGAACUGGAUCUAAUGUAUAUUCACACACCAAGCGAGCAUCGAAUAGCAAGUCAGCGUUUCGAGAUGGAGCUGCAGCUGUUUCUUCACUCAAAGUCGACUUCCACUCAAAUAGCCUUUGCGGUUGUGUUUGCACUAGAGGAAAAAUCAACCCCCCAGGUUCACGCACUCUCGGAGACUCUUUACCGAGCGGCUUCGCUGGGCUCUUCUUCUAUCCGCCUCGACUUCGGCUUGCUGUCUCUGGAGAUUCUCUCACAGACUCAGCGGAUCGACCCGACUGCCACCAACGCCGAGAGCUACUUCACCUACGAUGGGUCCAGGACGCGCAAACCCUGCACAGAAAACGUUCGCUGGAUCGUCCUCAAGAAUCCGCUGCCCAUCAGCAGGCUAGACCUGCAGGUCUUUAGAGAGUUUGCCAGCGGGCUCUCUAGGGAUACCCAACCUCUCAAUGGCCGAGAAGUAGAAUCGCGUGAGCGAGCUUGA